CAAUGGGCUGGCCCCUUUAAUCUCCUUGGGUUCACGCACGCUUGCUUCAUCUUCUCUUUCUCCUCUCCGCCUCUUCCGACUGGUUCUAACUCGCUCGCUCCCUCGCCGUCCGAGAAGUUCUCCGCAAAGUCUUAACUCCCUCCAUUUUACCUCCGAACAUACACACCAGAGGCUAGUACAUAUUUCUGGAUUUAGGCGGUGUUACCGUGAUAGAAUCAACUGGCUUGCGGAUUUGAUUGAUAAUUCGGCGACCAUGGCCGGUGUAUGCAAGCCUUCAAAUGAGGUUCUCCUUCAACAACUGAAAGAUGGAACUGCUAAGUUUGAGCUCCUUCACUUGCCGAAUUCCCCAACUUCGGAUGGUCUACAAUUGUUUGCUCGAAUCAGUUCCUCACUGGGUAGGAUGUCUCCGGCAAUGAAGAAAAUGGAGCAUUAUUCAGUUCAGAAGGUGACUGGUGAUGGUCGUUGCAUGUUCCGAGCCCUGGUGAAAGGAAUGGCGAGAAAUAAGGGAAUCACGCUAAGCCCAACAGAUGAGAGAGAAGACGCAGAUGAUUUACGGAUGGCUGUCAAAGAAAUCAUAUGUGACAAUGAUACAGAACGAAUCAAGUAUGAAGAAGCGCUAGUAGCAAUUACUGUGGAGGAAUCUUUGAAUCGCUAUUGUCAACGUAUACGGAGGUCUGACUUUUGGGGAGGAGAGUCAGAACUACUGGUAUUAUCCAAGUUAUGCUGCCAACCAAUCAUUGUGUACAUACCAGAGCACGAGCAUUCUGCAGGAGGAUGGGGGAAUGGAUUUAUUCCUAUUGCUGAAUAUGGAUCUGAAUUUGGAAAGCGCUCAAAGAAAGGGAAGAAAAGGAUGCCUGUGAGAUUGUUAUACAGCGGCAAAAACCACUAUGAUCUACUCAUCUAAAACCGUGUUGACUGUUGAGUAUCGCAUGUCACAAAUAUGCCAAUAUACUGUUGUACUCGAUUGAUCAAUUGUUCCUCCUGAACCUGGUGGACUGCACUAGAUACAGCAUGUUUAUUUGCAUUCUCUAUUACUGGUCAAUUAAUAAAGACUACUGUAGAAUUAGUGUUAGUGAUCUGUUCUUCAAAACUGUGUUCCAAUCUAGUGUUAGUGAUCUGUUCUUCAAAA